AUGUCGGAAGACGUCUCAAAGUUCCUCGAGCAGGUCAAGGAACUCGGCGAGCGCAGCACCCUCGACGACGAGGCGCGUGCCAGAGAGCUCGAGGAGAAGAUCCUCCAGGACAAGAAGGAACGCCAGGCCCGGCGCAGAGAACGUGCCCGCUCAAUAUCCCCCGAAAAGUCGUCCCCCGCCAACACCCCUCCAACCUCAACUCAAAGAGUGAAUCGUCGCUCGCAGCAGCUCGACCUGAAUUCCUCGCCUGUACUUGAGCCGCCGACCACGAACGGCUCCCCUCGCGCCCUGCCAUCCCGCUCCAUCAUCGACGACAUGGCGUCUACCUCGCCCACCAAGGAGAACGACGCGCCCCUCGACUCCGCGUCUGACUUCAAACAAGCCGGGCAGACUUCUCCGACUCGCAGCGCUUCUUCAGCACGAGGCUUGUCAUGGCAGCAGCGGCGGCCACCGUCUCAGCAUGGGUCACGGAGCCGACCUCUCUCAAUGGUAGCUACGGAGAACGCUGCCCGUUCUUCAAGCACAUCAGCUGAGCCUGCUUCCGCGACUGAAACCCCCUCCAGAGACCAGAUAGCAUCUGCACUAUCUGCGAAGGACCCCACAUGGUUCCGCCAAACUGCUGACCGUGGUGCCAACUCGGCCGCGUACCGUCGGAACCAAGUUGAGGACGACCAAAGGGCAGAUGUGUUCACCGCCUCCAGCCAACUUCCUGGGAUGGCGCCCGAGAGACCUCGCUCGCAAGCAUUCAGCCCAAUGGCAUCGCCCGCACUAUCUCGGAACGCACCUUCACCGGCACCGCCCUUCUCCACCCCCAAGCUGGACCCUCCGAUGAGGGAGGAACAGGGGGAACCUGACUUUGACGACCAGCCCCUGAAGUCUCCGCCAGCCUUGGGGCGGUCCUCGCCCACUAGAGUGGAUCGAGAUCGGCCAGUAUCGCCAACAAAGGGUAUGGGCGGCUUCGUGCAAAGCGCCAUGAUGAAGAGGUCAGACAGUGUCAACAAGCGCUGGAGUGUGCGGUCACCCACCGGUCUGCAACGGGCAGACUCGGUAGCUGCAAAUCGCGGUGCGCAGGAGCCUGCCCUUCGUACUGGAUAUGGCAGCACUAGGGAGAACUCCAACGGUCUGAGCCGCGAUAACUCCGCCGAGCCGUCUUCCCGCCCUACAUCCAGUCGCGCUCACGACAAGGUGUUCGACAGCGAUGCCACGCUGCCAAAGAUUGACACAGCCCCAAAGGCACAGAGCAAGUCUCCAGAGCCCGAACCUGUGGAAAACGAUGCUGCCCUCCCCGUCAGCCCUUCGAAGACGAUGGAUCAGCGGAGAUGGAGUCCGACCAAGUCUAGCUGGCUGGAGACUGCCCUUAACAAGCCCGAGUCGCCAAAGCCCAAGACAUCAGCCACGAGCCAGCCAGCGUGGAUGGCGGACAUUCAAAAGGCCAAGGCUCAGAGAGCUGCAAACCCAGAAGCGGAGCCUGCACGUCCGCCAGGGGCCGGCCACAAGCACCAAGUCAGCAUCGGAGGACUUAUGAAGCCCCCUGCUCUCGGCACCACCACAACGGCAGCACCUUAUCCACUGCGCUCCUCGCAACCGACGCCUACGGGGGCGCGUGAGCGGGCGGCCACCAUUGGCAAGCCAAAAGACACAACCCCCAUCAGCACGCCGAAGGAGACAUUUAGCACUCCUAAGAAACUAGAUCAACCGGCACAGCCACAGACUACUCCUGUUGCUGCACCGGCAGUGGACGCAGCCUCGUCCGACGCAAAGCUAGCAGUCAAACCUAAGCCGGAGACUCCCCCCAAGAAGGAUUUCCGUACCACACUGAAGCACCGCCAGACACCGAGCACAUCAUCUGCCACAGAGAGCUCGGAGCCAGAGUUCAAGAAUGUUUUUGGAAACCUGCGUAGAACAACCACACAGAACUACAAAGCCCCAGAUGUCCUCAAGGACAAUAUUCUGCGGGGAAAGGCUGGCUUGUCUAUCACAGGAGGACCCCAGAAGACUGAGCGCAAGGAUGAGUUUAAGGAUGCCAUCCUAGCCAAGAAGAAGUCUUUCAAGGACAUCCAGGCGCAGGGCCGUGGCGUGACACGACACGAUAGCACAGCCAGCGAGAAGCCCUUACCAGAGGGCAUCUUGCGCAGCAGGGCCUUGUCCAGAGGCGCGAGGACAUUUGACAAGCCUGACAAAGAAGCCGAGCUCAAGGACAGCGCAUCCGCGUCCGCAGCUACGGUAAAUGAUAGGCCAGGGCCAGUUUUGAGGCGCGAAACUUCAAGCAUAACUUCGAGCACCACCGCUUCGACCCCAGUCGUACCAUCUUUGCAGAAAGAGGCUAGUGCACCUGGAAGACUGCAGGGCAAAGUGGGAGGCAGCGCUCUUGCGAACCGUUUCAACCCAGCUCUAGCCGGACUUCUGGCUCGGGGACCUCCUGGAUCAGGAGCACCUACUGGAACAUCGAGCUCGGCCGCAAAGCCCACUGAAGCGGCACAGGUCAAUGACAAUGAGGCUGGAUCCGGGCCAAAGCUGACGCACAUGACGAAGAGCCGUGCACGCGGACCAAAGAGAAAAGCGCCCACGUCUGCUGCGGCGUCAAGUUCAACUCAAGCUGAGCCCGCUGAGCCAGCCGCAAAGCCCACGAGCCCAGUCCCUGAACCGGCUAAACAGCUUACACCUUCUGCGCAAGAAGGUAGAUCAUCACCCAUGCCUGUUGAGGCUCGUAACUUACCCGCUAAGCCGAGCAUAAACGCUAUGGACAAAGCACCCGCGGGAACAAGAAGCAUCUUCAACCAAGUAGCAGCGGCUGCUGCUCAGAAAACCCAACCUGCUCCAUUGCGAAGUCCCACUCAGCCCGCCGAGGUCGAGUCCCCAGCCGCCUCACCCAAAAAGCUUAAUAUGCAGAGGAUGUCAAGGUUUCUGGACAACGCCGAGCCUGCAAGCCCGAAGAUCAUUGAGCCACCUACAAAGCAGGAGACAAGACAGCCUUCUGCUUCCUCACCAGUUGUCAAGCCAAAGCCGAGCUUCGAGCGGCCUUCUAGUGUUGGUCCAGACAAGACACAGCCACCCGUCAGGCCGAAGCCAAGCUUCGAGGCACUGGGCAGCCCGGCUUUCCAGAAAUCGCAACCCCCGUCACCAGCUCUUGGUCGACCCCCUCGGCCAUUGCCUGAGCCUUCGAGGCCAGUCAUUGAGGAUCUGAGCACACAUCCUGAUGCACCCAAGCCUCUUCGCCCAUUCGGCGCCCGCCCUUUGCCGUCAGCUCCCUCCACGCCUAAACCGCUGGAGCGGGAACUUCCUUCCAGGCCAUUGCCUAGCCCCAGCAAGACGCCUAGCCUUACGGUUGAUUCACCGUUGCCGUCUCCGAACAAGCAAGCGUCGGAUCUUACAAGCCUGAUCCAGGACUUCUUUGGUCCAAAGAGAGGUGAUCGUGACUACCGAGCGGAUGUCGCUGGGCUCCUGAUGGAGCGGCCAAGCACAUCACCGCCCAAGCUGAAGACGCUGGCGGCUCAUCUAUUCCAAUUCUCUGCAGACGGAAGGAAAUCGGUCGUUCCCAGCCAUCAUCAGCACACACUGUUUGACCAGGACAUGUACCUAUGCUCGCACACAUUUCAGUCUGAUGCUGGAUGGAAGAACACCGAGGUGUACUUCUGGGUGGGCGACGAAGUACCCGCAGCAGCUGUUGAGGACGCUUCCGUCUUUGUGGCACGCGAGGCCAAACAGCUUGGUGGCACUCUCGUCAAGCUUCAGCAGGGUAGGGAGACGGCCGGCUUGAUCCAAGCGCUUGGCGGCAUCAUUGUCACUCAGAGGGGAACAGGGAACAAGGACGACUCCCUGGCGCCUCAUAUGUUCUGUGGCCGAAGAUAUCUUGGACAGGUCGUCUUUGACGAGGUUGACUACGCCCCAACGAGUCUGUGCUCUGGGUUCCCGUACCUUGUGGCCAAGGGCGGAAAGUGCUUCUUGUGGAAGGGCAAGGGCAGCAACGUCGAUGAACUGGGGUGCGCACGUCUGAUAGGGAUGGACUAUGCGCUAACUGGUGAGCUCAUCGAGGUUGACGAUGGUCGAGAGUCGGAGGGCUUCUGGAGCCUCUUUGAAAGUGGCUCCAAGUCUAGCUCUGCGGACCACUGGCGCCUGAAGCCAAGCUAUGACAAGUAUUGCAGCCGGCUGUUCCACUCAGAUGGUGCUUCCAAGCAGCAGAUCACCGAGCUUUCCCCAUUCUCGCAGAAAGACCUCCAAGCUACAGGCAUCUAUGUCCUGGACGCCUUCUUUGAGCUGUACGUCAUAGUGGGAUCCAAAGCGCAAUCUCAAUAUGCCUCGUUCCACAAUGCGCUCGAGUUUGCGCAGGAAUAUGCCAUCCUCGCAGCUGGCAUGGAGGACCGGCCAUUUGUGCCAAUCUCCACGGUCGUCCUUGAGGGAGCGCCUCGGGAUCUCAAGAGCGUCUUCCGCCGGUGGCGUGACUCUGACAGUCCCACCAUCAUGCCUGCCCCGGCGCCUCCUGCCGGCAGCGGUCUGAAGCGAGGACGCAGCAUGCGGGUCGCCACUCUCAACCAGGCGCUGCAGGCACUGACUGAAUAG